AUGCCGACGCUGCUCGUUCUCGUUCUGCUGCUGCUAGGCGCGCAACGGGCCCGCAUUGUUCGGGGGCAGAACGGCGCUUUUCAAAUCCGUGGAUUGGUGGACGAGAGUCCGGGUCGCAUGCUGGAGCGGCAUCAGUACGAGCAGGAGGAGGCGGCCGUGCUACAGUCGGCAUCCUCGUUACAAACAGGCCGCGAAGUUCGGCGAGAAGAGCAUCAUGAGCAGAGAGUGUUCGAGGCGGGGCAGGGCUCGUGCGGCUUCCCCGACACGCGCGCAAAUGCGGACGAGUGCAUGGCGGACCUGGCGAAGUUUCCCACGCUGAGCGCGCGCAGAGGUUCCGCCAGCGCGCGGAAGCUCGCCUGCCUGGCGCACAACUACCUGCGCCCGUGGAUGGGCAUUCCGGGCGUCACCGCGGGCAUGGGCGCGCGGGGCAUGAUCAAUCCUGCGAUGCUGCAGCAAAUGGGCACGAUGGCGAACGUGAGUACCGUUCCCCCAUACAUUCCCUCCCGCGCACAGUCCCCCCCGCGCUCCUCCCCUUACCCCCGCUCUUCCGCGCGGGGAAUGAUCAACCACGCAGCAGAUGAGCACGAUAGCAAAGGUGCUGUCACCCCGUGGGAGCAGAAGGAGAGUCGAGCUGUGUUCCGAGGCGGCAUGACCAAUUACAAGGUCAUCUACCCCAAGCACUGGCGUGGCAGCCCACGAUUCCGCGUGCACAGGAUGUCGGACGUUCGGCCGGACCUGCUGGAUGCCAGGGUAGUGGGAGGAGUGGACCCUGAAUACCGUGCAGGGUCCUCUUGCAAAGCCAUAGCCAUCGGCGACCGUCUCUCCUUGCUGUUUUUCACCCCACUCUCUCCCCACCUCCUGCUGGGCCCGUCCAACCUGCAACAAUACAAUCUCCGGCAAGAUGCCAUCUCAUUCAGCAAGCGCCUGGGCCCAGCAGAACUGCAGAGCUGCAAGUAUCAACUGGACGUGGACGGAGGGACGGGCAGCAGGCGUGUGUGCGGCGUGCUGUCGAGCAGUCAGAUGCUGAUCAAGCAGGCCAGCGAGCACACCCAGUUAUUCGACCCUCAUUCCAUUCCACCCCUCCAUCCUUCUCUCGCCCCUUCCCUCUCGCUUUCCCUCCCCUCUCUUCACCCCUUGUCUCCCUGCAGACUCCGUCAAGACUCCAUUUCAUUUGGUAAACGCCUGGGCCCAACAGACAUGCAAGGCUACAAGUAUGAACUGGACGUGGACGGUGGGACAGGCAGCGGGCGCGUGUGCGGCGUGCUGUCGAGCAGCCAGAUGCUGAUCAAGCAGGCGAGCGAGUACACACAGUUCUUCGACCCGCUCAUGUGCCCGUACCGGCACUUCCUUCCCACUCACCGGUUCUUCUCCGACCUGUUCGGGCGGAUUGAGUGGGCGAGGCGGAAUGAUGGCGAGGCGAGGAGGAUUGUUCGGCAAGCGAAUGAGCUCGCAAGGAGAUGUGGAUGGCCCAAAGAGCCAGACAAGGAAGCCCCCCCCCAGAUGGCCGCCCAGAUGUGA